CUGGACACGCCCCUCUCCUGGCAGCUGUCACCGCGAGCCGCCUGCUUAUGCCAAGUUUCAAGAUGGCGGCUUUAGCAGCAAGGGCACUGGGAGCAGCGGGCGGGCGGCGAGUCCUCCUCCUCCUCCAUGGGAGACGGGGGCCGGUUACUACACAGACAUUUCUGGCCACAUGCAGAACCGUUGGCAGCUCAGCUCAGAGAUACCGGGAAGAUCAGAAACAAACUCCUUUACCAUCCUCGUCCACAAAUGGAGAGACCAUGGAGGAAGCUGGGAGAAUCCAGCCGUCUUCUCCACAUGGAUACACAGAGCAGGGAGGCGAGGAGUCUGAGGGGUAUGAGAGUGAGCAGCAGCUCCAGCAGCGGGUGCUAACAGCCGCACUAUCGUUUGUUCCAGACUACGGCUGGUCUUCUGAGGCCAUCGCUGAAGGAGCCAAGUCAUUGGACCUGUCUGCAGCAGCGGCUGGAAUGUUUGAGGAUGGGGGCAGUGAGCUGGUUCUGCACUUUGUGUCUCAGUGUAAUCAGCGCCUGGCGGACAUCUUGGAAGAGGAACACAAGCUCGUGCAGCUGGGCAGUGCUGAGAAGAAGCCAACAGAUCAGUUCCUGAGGGAUGCAGUUGAAACCCGCCUCAGGAUGCAUAUCCCAUACAUAGGACAGUGGCCUCAGGCACUCGGGCUUCUGCUGCUCCCAAAUAACAUUCCUUCCAGUCUAAAGCUCCUUACAGGAAUGGUGGAUGAUAUUUGGCACUACGCUGGCGACCAGUCUACGGAUGUCAGCUGGUAUACACGCCGGGCAGUACUCGCAGGAAUAUAUAACACUACUGAGCUAGUAAUGUUGCAAGAUUCCUCCCCGGAUUUUGUGGACACGUGGACAUUUCUAAAGAACCGUGUGUCAGAGGCCAUGUUGAUGGGCAAAUCUGUAAAACAGAUGACAUCCACUGGAGAAGCCGUGAUCCAGGGACUGAUGGGAGCUGCUGUUACUCUGAAGAAUCUAACAGGAUUGAACCAGCGCCGGUGAACGUCUGUGCGCGCUCACCCAGGAUUCUCUUGUCUGCUGCUGGUGUAAGGAAUGUGCAUAUUGCUGUGUGUAAUAAAGAUAUCAUACGCCUAA